AUGAAUUACAAAUUAAUACAAAUUACUUCGUCUCUUCUUUUAAUGUGCUUAUGUGAAGUAUAUAGUAACGAUAAAAAUAAUAAUAAUGGGACUAGGAUUACAAAAUCAAAUCGAUUGUUAUUUGAGCCAGAAAAAAAUGAAAUGGGAGAAGAGGAAGUAUGUGAAGAAAAUGUAUCAUCAUGUGAUGACCAAGAGUCCAUAAACGACGAUCAAGAAUCAAUUUAUGAUGAUCAACCAAUUUAUGAAAAUCAACCAAAUAAUGAACCAGUAGUGAAAAUGUAUGUGUCAAAAGACCCAGUGUUUGAAGAAAUAAAAGUAAGCACCACUCCAAAACUAAAGAUGGGAAGAUUAGGGAUACCACCACCAUCAGAACGCAGACAAAUUAUAGAAAUGCCAUUUAGGUCACCUACUCCACCACCAGUAAAUUUGGAUUAUGAAACCAAAGUAACACAACCACAUGUAUUUAAAAGAACAUCCAAAAUGUUGUAUAGUUCACAUUGUAGCUAUCCAAAUAGUAAAGAAGUUAAAUCAGAGAUAAUCGAUUGGGAUAACUUUAUGUCGGUAAUUGAUCAUGUUGUUUCAACUGACCCAAAGUUAGAAAAUUAUUUGAAAAACAAAGUUUAUCCAAAAAGACGUAAAUACCCAUGCAAUAUGUAUUAA